UCACUGGGGAGUGACUGUGUGUUAACUUGCGAACAAAGUUUCGGCAAAAUAUCAAAUUCAAAGACUCCUAAAUAUAUUUGGGUUUGGUUUUCGUCAAACGUAGUAUUCGCUUGAUUUUCUCUUCUUCGGUUUUUCCGUAUUCACCAAACCUUCUUUUCCCUCUUCGUUAUUUUUUUAACCCUUCUUUUUUAGUUCACAAAGCCACCGUAUUGUUGUUCAAAUACUAUGAAAACCGAAACUCUGUGUUGAAUUCAAACCUUAUCUACAAUGUCGAUGGAGGGUUUCAACGAUUCUGGGAGCGUUAAGAGUAAAACUUUGUUUCCGCAUAAAAAGCUUCUAAUUAAAGAAAGGGUUGAGGUGAGGAGUUUUGAAGAGGGUUUUUUGGGAUCAUGGCAUCCAGGGACAGUUAUCCAAUGUGAGAGGCGGAAGCGUCAUGUUAGAUAUGAGAAUGUUUUGGAUGAUGACGGGUUGAAUCAUCUUGUGGAAGUUGUGACUGUUUCAAGUGCUUUGGAUGGUUGUUUUGGUUCUUCGAGUUUUCGCCAUAAACGCGGUGUGAUUAGGCCACUUCCACCUUUAGUUGAUUUUGAUAAAUGUGAUCUUAAAUUUGGUCUGUGUGUUGAUGUGAGUUAUCAGGAAGCUUGGUGGGAAGGUGUUAUAUUUGAUCGCUGUGAUGGAAUGGAGGAAAGGAGUGUUUUUUUCCCUGAUUUAGGGGAUGAAAUGAAGGUCAGAGUUCAUGAAAUACGGAUUACUCAGGAUUGGGACGAAGUUACGGAGAAGUGGGAGCAACGAGGGAACUGGGUGUUUCUUGAGUUGAUUGAGGAGCAUGAGCGGGAAUCAUAUAUUCCGGUUUCGGUGAAGCAAAUCUGGUACGACGUACGACAAAAAAACGAAUUUUCCACUAUUGGAGAUUGGACAUUGAAUGUGAAGAAGGAUUUGUGGAGAGACAUGAUAAUGGAGGUAGUUGGUGACUACAUGACUCUUACCAUAAAAGAAGUUUACUCAGCAUUGGAACUUUCUGAGCUUGUAAUGGAAUCAGUGGAACUAAAAUCCGAUGCUGAUUUAAAUACGACCAUAUCUGAAAAGAAAAAUGUUGAGCAGAAAGAACCUGUUUUUCCUGUUAAGAAGGACUUACCUAAGUUUCAAAAUGAAACUACCUGCAAUGGGUCCGGUGAAGUAGUUUCGGAUGCUAUCUGUUUUAAGAAAAAUGAACACAGGCGAACUUAUUCAUGGUCCAAUCACUGGGAACGUCUAAUAGUGUCUGAAAAUGAAUACUGUCCUGAUGCUGUUAAGCAAUAUGUACUUAAUACUAAGAAGAGGCUAUCUACAGCACCUUGGACUAAUAAAGUAUGGAAACAUCUUUCAUAUCUUGGAUGGGAAAUCGAUUUUCAUGUAGGUCAAAAUGGUAAACGUUACAGGUACAAGCCUCCCAAUGACCAGGGAGAGAAGAAAGUUUACUACUCACUUAUUAAACUUUGUAAAGAUAUGGAAAUGGAAUCCGUCGUGAACUCUUUUCCAUCCAAAAGUGAUCAUAGUAUAAUGCAUCCUACCGGUGACUGUCAUGUUCCACACGUGCCUCGUAUACCAUCGGAAAAGACUCAGAACCGAGAUGUAUCUCCUCUAGUUGACUGUCAUCUUCCACAUGUGCCUUGUAAACCAUCUGAAAAGACUCAAAACCAAGGUGUAUUUCCUCUAGUUGUGCCGCCUCCUUCCGCUGCAGUGGCAGAUGAACAAGUGUAUUGUCCUCAAGCCAUUUUGGAAUACCACAAGCGUGCAUCGGAGUCGAACUGGGAGAAAAGAAAAUGUAUUGCAAAAGUAAAAAAGCAUCUGUUAGCAGAAGGAUGGGAUUUAAUUGGUCCACCUCCAGAUAAUAAAAGAAAAGGAAUUGUAUACAUUUCUCCAAACAAACAGAGAUUCGGCUCACUCAUUGCAGCAUGCAAUUUCUGUAUUGAAGAAAGUACUCUGAAAUCUACAAUUUCUGGGGAGCAGCCUUUAAAUUCCUCAGCCCUUAAUGAGGAAAAUGUUGGUCAGGUAUCAUGUGACGAGUUAUACAGUGAAAAUCGGAAGCGGAAACAAAUGAAGAGGUCAAAUGAAAGUUUACUGAAGGGCAAAAGCAAUGAAUUAACUCAAAGGGUCCUGAGAUCAAAUAAAAGGGUGCGAACGGUGUCUGCCUCUUGUCUGUCACAUCAGAAAUCUCUAAAUGUUAUGUCUUGGUUGAUAGACUGCAACGCGGUGUUACCAAGGUCUAAGGUUUUUUAUCGAGCAAAGCGCGGCCACCGUGUUAUGGCUGUAGGGAGAAUAACUUGUGAGGGAAUCAAGUGUAACUGUUGUCUGAGAAUAUACGGUCUUGUUGGCUUCGAGUGUCAUGCUAUUGGUAGUAGUACCACCAGACCAAGUGCUAGUAUCUUUCUGGAAGACGGUAGGUCACUCUUAUAUUGCCAGACACAAAUAAUGCAAGAUCACAAGUCACGGGAGGCUAUGGUAAAACCACUCGGUGGUUUGUGCCAGGGCGAUAAUGAUUAUGUUUGUUCGGUUUGCCACUACGGGGGCGAACUUAUUUUGUGUGAUCGGUGCCCGUCUUCAUUUCAUAAAACGUGUCUCGGUCUGGAGGAUGUCCCCGAUGGUGACUGGUUUUGUCCAUCAUGUUGUUGUGGGAUUUGUGAUCAAAGCAGAAUCAAUGGGGUGGGCGAGGAUGGACAUUUGCUUACAUGCAUUCAAUGCGAACAUAAGUAUCAUGUUGCGUGCCUGAAAAAUAGAGAAACAAGUAACUCUAGAAGAUAUGUGGAAAGCCGGUUCUGCAGAAAAGACUGUGAAAAGAUAUAUGCAGGCCUUCAGAAACUGUUAGGAGAGCCGGUUUCAGUGGGUGCAAACAAUCUAACAUGGACAUUGGUGAAGUUUAUCGACUCUCAGAGUUGUGAUCUUGAUACUAGUAAAAGUGAAUUAAUGGCAGAAAGUUACAGCAAACUCAAUCUUGCUCUUUCGUUGAUGCAUGAAUGUUUUGAGCCUGUAAAGGAAUCUUCCUCUUCCAGAGAUAUGAUGGAAGAUGUUAUAUUUAGCAGAUGGUCGGAACUUAAUCGAACGAAUUUCCAGGGCUUCUAUACCGUGCUUCUGGAGAGAAAUGAAGAACUGGUCAGUGUGGCAACUAUUAGGGUCUACGGAGAUAAGGUAGCUGAAGUACCUCUUGUUGGUACCAGAGUACAGUAUCGGCGACAUGGAAUGUGUCACAUUUUAAUGGAUGAACUGGAAAAGAAGCUCAUGCAACUAGGAGUGGAGCGGCUUGUUUUGCCUGCUGUUCCUAGUGUGGUAGACACAUGGACCGGUUCUUUCGGCUUCUCGAAGAUGACAAACUUUGAUAGAUCACAAUUUCUGGACUAUACUUUCCUAGAUUUUCCGGGUACCAUCAUGUGCCAGAAGUUGUUGACAAAGAUUCCGUCUCCAGAUUCAGUUUUGCCAAUAGAGUUCCAACAAAAACAAGACGCUAUCUCUGGAAGCAGUAGCGGUAAUUUUGACAAGUCUCCAGUAUCUGAAGUUUACCAAGAAGGAGAGAUAGACAAAAGAGAAAUACUGGAUCAACAAAUGGCGGACAAAAGAGAAAUACUAAAUCAACAAAUGGCGGACAAAAGAGAAAUACUGGAUCAACAAAUGGUGGAUACUGUUGAUGGCGAUAAUGAUAAUCUUGGCAGUGCUGUUAUUGACUGUGUCCCCAUGGUGGAGCAACCAAGUCCUGAGGAGCAACAAUAUUGUCAGAAUGGAACCUCUUCACAGGACUCUUUUGUUAAAUGGAAUGGCUUGUGCUACUACAGAAGAAGGAAGGUGAAAGUGGUUGAUGACUAGGAAAUAUAUAUAAUUAUGAGUUGCAUAGAAAUAGUGAACACACAAGAUUUUGUUUAAAGGGACUUGAUGUGUGUUCAUCAAUGCACACUAACCUAAUAAGUAUAGGUUUCUUCUUUCUAUGGUUUUUUUGUUACCUUUUGGUAGAGAAUAGUGUGUAUAAGUGGGAGACUUUGGGUGUGUUUAGAAUAAUAACAUAUAAGAGCUAAAUUUGAAUGAGAUAGUGUAGCCAUAUGGCUUAAGUUUUGGGUAUAGUAAUGAAUUGUAAAAAAGAAAAACUAUAAUAGUGGAGUUUUUUUAUUUCUUGUGAUAUGCAAGACGAAAA